AUGACAAAAACCGGUAAAUCCAUUACCAUCCGGAUUAGCCUUACAUUCUCCACGAAAAGAUACAUAUGGCCAGUUACGCUAUCAACCAAUGACAGCAAGGUGUUAGUCAAGACAUGGCUUUCUUUAUAUCUACACAAGCAACAGAAACCGCACUUGAAACAACUACAAUACCUGAACCAACUACAACACCUGAACCAACUACAACACCUGAACCAGCUACAACACCAACUGAACCAGCUACAACAACAACUGAACCAGCUACAACAACACCUGAACCAGCUACAACAACACCUGCAUCAACUACAACAACACCUACAACAACUGAACCAGCUACAACAACUGAACCAUCUACAACAACACCUGAAAAAGCUACAACACCACCUGACCCAGCUACAACAACACCUGAACCAGCUACAACAACACCUGAACCAACUACAACAACAACUGAACCAGUUACAACACCUGAACCAGCUACAACAACACCUGCAUCAACUACAACAACACCUACAACAACUGAACCAGCUACAACACCUGAACCAGCUACAACACCUGAAAAAGCUACAACACCACCUGACCCAGCUACAACAACACCUGAACCAGCUACAACAACACCUGAACCAGCUACAACAACUGAACCAGCUACAAUAACUGAACCAGCUACAACAACA